CACAACAGGAAGUUGUCCACAGAUUGUCCACACUGAUCACAUCUGUUAUUCAUUCACAUGUGAAUAAAGGAGAUAGUCCCUAGUCUCUAUCAGCUCAGUUGUAGUGGUAAGCUUGUUGUUAUAGUAGAGAGAUGAACAUUAUUUCAUGCUGGAACCGCCCUAGAGGCGUCGCCAAGACAACCAGGGUUUUCAUGGGAGUACAACAAACGACCUGGUAAGUUUUCCCUGACUUGCUUAAGCUUGCAGACUUGCUUGCACAGCCGAACGCCUGGCUGAUUCGCCAACAAACCUGGAUACGCCGGACUUCGCGCUUGAGCUGCGCACAAAGGCGGUGGUUUUAAAAUCCGUUCAGGUGUCACUGGGAGCGGUUGCGGUCCUUUCAGAAAAAUAUCCAAACGUGUCCUUCUGUGCGGCGGUACAUCACUGGGCAAACACGGGGCUCCGGCCUGCUGAAGUCGCUGACACUUACCAGCGCGGGAGUUAACACACUGACUGCCAGACUACGUCAGUCUACAUGUAGGUUUGUAACUAGCAAACGUUAUGAGGAGAAAAAGUUCCACGUCAGCUCCGCAGGCAGUAGCCUUCCGCCAUGUCGCCGGAGGAGGACAAACAGUCCCCGGAGAAAGAGUUCGUCGGUAACACGACUCUGCACGGACUCAAUCGGAUUGUCAUCGCUCCCAGCGGUUACUUCCAGGCCCUGUGGGUCCUCGUCAUUCUUGGCUCCUACGCAGGCUUUGCCUUCAUGUUCAGCUCCAUGAUAAUGGACUAUUUUCGGUACGACACCAUAACCGAUACAAAGUUGAAGUUUGCCGAUGCAAUACCAUUUCCGGCCGUCACAAUCUGCAACAUGAAUAAGUUUGAUUCCACCAAACUAAAGCUGGUGGAGUGGUCGUACCUGUCCCCAUUACUGCUGGGAAAAGAAUAUUCCACCUCCGAGCUCCUAACUCUAGGCUUGCAACCUGACGAAACAAUCAACUCUAGCAUAGCGAACAUAUCAAUAAAGGACUUCGUCCUCGAAAAUGGCUUCGACAUCAACCAAGAUCGCAUGGCGUUGUGCUACUGGAGAAACGAGGCUUGCAGUUAUUUGAACUUUACUCAUUCAUACACCUUCUUUGGCAACUGCUUCACCUUCAACUCCGACAAGUCGAACAUGCUAUGGCAGACGAUGGAGGGGCACGGAAACGGCAUGAUGGUGUUUAUAGACAUCAGAGCGGAGGAGUACACGGAGAACUUCUUCUCAUACGGAAACUCCGAGGUCGGGCUGAAGCUGCUGGUGCACGACCAGGACGAGCCUCCCCAGAUGGACGCCAAGGGCAUCGCCCUCGCGCCGGGAAACCACGCCUUCAUCACCGUCAAGCGGACUGUGUACGAGAACCACGGCCCUCCGUGGGGGAACUGUCAGGACCUGCAGCUGGAGUAUUACGACACCUACACCCUGCCUGCCUGCUACCUGGAGUGCAGGAGUAAACACGUGGUCGCCAACUGCAGCUGCCGGCCCUUCUUCUUACCAGGAACAGCGCCAUUCUGCGACCCAACUCAGAUCGUCCAAUGCGUCAUACGUGUGAUGGCGAAGGUGACGUCUGGGGAGCUGAAGUGUAAUUGUCCCGUACCCUGCAGCAUGACCAAGUACAGCACGUCCGUGUCCUACUCGGGGUGGCCCAACAAACUCACCAAAGACUACAUCGUCCGGACUUACUCCCAAACCAAAGACUACAUGAGGGAAAAUGGUGUCGUCUUCAGCGUCUUCUACGAACAACUGAAUUAUGAGAGAGUCCGGGAGCUGAAAGCUAUGGACGGGGGACAGCUAGCAAGUAACAUAGGCGGGAUGAUGGGCCUGUUCAUCGGCGCCAGUCUGCUGACCAUCCUGGAGGUGUGGGAGUACCUGUGGAUGCGGCUGCUGGGCUGCCUGAGCAAAGCCCGGCGUCCUAGGACUAGGAUCAUACAGGUUCAGGUUUCCGAAAAAAACGGAGGCUUGAACAAUGGAGCUUUCAGAAGCUGAACAUGAUCUGUCUGGCUGACAUGUACUAUAUGUAGUUUGGUAUGAACUUUAUACUUUUAAGUUCUCGUUAAUUCGCCAAACGGUGUCACAGUGUUUCUUUGUGUGCAGGUGAAGCUAUACAUGCCUCGGACUAGCUAGCUGUUGUGAUACAUCAUUUUCCAUUUUGGUGACUACAGUACUAGUGUGCUCCGAAACGCCAUGUGCCUAGUGGAGGUACAGAGGACAUGCACUAUAUUAAUGUAACUUCAUUUCAUGCAAGUAAAUAUCUAUUGUGUGAUUUUAUACUAGGAACUAAUAAAUAUUUUCUCAAAGCAUUUGCGUGCAAACUUAAAAUGUGAGCAAGAAAACUUAAAUCAGUUUCCUUGGUAAGUCACUCUUUAGUGAUAGACAAUCCAGCUAUUGUAACUCCAGAGACUUAAGUUGCACCUUCUUUUCUUUUCUGUAA